AUGGCUGCAAUUCCAUCACAACUUGUUUCAAUUCAUGAAAAAACCAUUGUGAAGCCUUCUUCACCCUCUCCUUCUUCUCUCAAAUAUCACAAGCUCUCUUUUGUUGACCAAUCGUUGAGUCAUUUAUACAUUCCUCUAGUCUUUUUCUAUACUAAACAGCCGCAACAAGUACUAGAACUUUCCCAAAUAACUAACGCAUUACAAAGUUCUCUUGCAAGAACCUUAGCCUCAUAUUACCCUUAUGCAGGGACUAUGAAAGACAGUGCCACGAUUGAAUGCAACGACAAGGGGGUCGACUUUUACAACGUUCACAUUUCGCGUCCAAUGUCUGAAAUACUAAAUCUCCCUUAUGAUCAUCAUACAGAAACCUGCAAUGUUUUCCCAAAAAAUUUACCUUGGAAGAAUUCGUUCGAUGGAAGUCUACUUGUGGCUCAGUUAAGCCAUUUCGGUUGUGGAGGAAUUGCUGUUAGCACGUGUUUGUCACAUAAGAUUGGUGAUGGGAGCUCUGCAGCUAGUUUCUUACACGAUUGGGCUAGAGUAACACGCGAUCCAAACAUGAUUACUCGUCCUGAAUUCGUUGGAGAUUCAAUCUUCCCGUCGCGUAAUAGUCCUCUGUCUGAUCCUGUUUUUCUAUCCAACACAAAAAAUUGUACACAUAGGAAGUUCCUUUUCUCUGGCUCCAAGUUACGCGCGCUUAGAACAAUAGUUGCAGCUGAAUCGGGGGUCAAAAAUCCUACUCGCGCUGAAGUUGUGAGUGCAAUUUUGUUCAAGUUCGCCACUAAAGCAGCAUCAAGAAUCAAGAAUUCUGUUUCAUUUCGCCCGUCCAUGAUGUUAAACGACGUUGAUAUACGCCCUCUAAUCGUGCCCCCUUUGCCACAAAACUCUAUAGGGAACCUCGUGAGUGGUUUUUUACUCAUCGUGACUGAGGAAGAUGAGAUGAAAAUACCAACAUUGGUCCACAACCUUAGGAAAGAACUUGAAUCAUUUUACAAGAAAGAUCCUGUUCGACAAAAUGACUUAGUGAUGGAAAUAGAGGGAUGCACUAAAAAUGGAAGGCCGUUGUUCGAUACUGAAGACUACGACAUGUACUUAUGCAGCAACAUGUGCAAGUUUUCGGGUUAUAGUAUAGAUUUUGGAUGGGGAAAACCAGAGAGAGUGUCAUCACCAUUUGGUCCAUGGAAGAAUAGCUUCUUCUUGAGUGCUGAUAAAAGUCUUAAUGGUGUUGAAGCAAUGGUAACAUUAGAAGAAGCGCACAUGCUAGCAUUAGAGAGUAAUGAAGAAUUUCUUGAGUUUGCUACUCCAAUUACAAGUUAUUAG